CAGAUAAUGUUUUCAGUUUUUACAUUAAAGGUUAUGUUUUCAAAAGAAGUAAUUUCUAAAGAAUUUUCGAUAUGAGUAACUCAUCAACGGGUGUUAGUGGAGCUGGUUUAGGUACGACCGAAGAUGAUGAACUUACUUUACCCCGAGCUAGUAUUAAUAAAAUGAUAAAAGAACUUGUACCUACAGUUCGAGUUGCAAAUGAAGCUCGUGAAUUAAUUUUGAAUUGUUGUACUGAGUUCAUACAUUUAUUAAGCUCCGAAGCAAAUGAUAUUUGUAAUCAACAUAAUAAGAAAACAAUUAACGCCGAACAUGUCCUACAAGCUCUAGAACGGUUAGGUUUUGGAGAUUACCAAACAGAAGCUGAAGCGGUAUUAAGAGAUUGUAAAGCUGUUGCUGCUAAGCGUAGACGACAAAGUACACGAUUAGAAAACUUAGGAAUACCUGAAGAAGAAUUAUUGAGACAACAACAAGAGUUAUUUGCUAAGGCACGAGAACAACAGGCUUGGGCUGAACAACAACAAUGGCAACAGUUACAGGCUGCAGCUCAGCAAGCACAAGCGUCGUCAUUACCUUCCUCAAACGAUGAUGAAGACUAUUCAUAGUUUUAAAAAUAUUUAUUAUUAUAAUUUACAUAAAAAUAUGAAUGGUAUUGUAAACGACAGAUCUUUGCGUCUAUUUCAUGCUAAAAAUAACUUUUAUGGCCGUAAUAAUUUUUCCAACAUUGAUGCUAAUAAAACUAACUAAUCGAUAUGCAUUGUUUUAAAAAGUGACC